ACUAAUCUGGCCACUAAUCUGGCCCCAUGGCGGCACAUUCUCAUAUUACCCUCAGAUGUACAGUACUGUGCCCUCACUUACUGGUACUUGGCGCCGUAUUCAUCGUCUUCACACGAGGCAGUGGGGGCAAGGGGUCCUUGACGUGAUGCGCGCGUCUUGGCGAUCUUGUUGACGAGGGCGGCUCCUAGUACGUUUCUUUUUUUCCGCAGAUUACUCCCGAGUGGCUUCGGCUGGGCUGAAGGUAGGGGAAAUGGCCUGAUUCGAAAGAUCGUGAGAGUGGCGCCCGUAUUAGAUAUCUAGUGGUAAGUGGCUAUGGCUGGGCGGUGGGGGGAGGAGGUAUGGUGUGCACCUCCUUUGUUCUCUCAGUUCCAGCCAGCCACAGCCGCAUCCGUUUCUUUGUUUGCUGUCCGUCUAGUCUGUUCGUCUUUCCCUCCCUCCCUCUCUCUCUCUUCUUCUCUCUCUCUUUCAGCUCUCGCCCAGUCUUUCCUUAACCUCUCACCCCCCCUCCUCGAGCCAAGAAUCAGCCGCACGGUUAUCGGACGAUAGGAGUCUCGAUCGAUUCCCCAGCUAUCAUGCUGGACCGCGCAUCCGGGCUGCUGAGCAAGCUGCGCUGGCGGAACGUGGUGCUCACUAUCGUCGUCCUGACGAUUAUCCAUUUCGCUUUCCUGGACGACACGCUGCAGAAUGCAUAUAAAGCUCGCGCCGGGAAGGUAGCUGAUGCGGCUGCGCAUCCCGAGUUAUCAACCGGCGCAAACGCCAAACCCGCCGGCAACGCUGCCACUCCCGAUGCAUCCUCCAAGAACUACGCCGACGAAUUCGGCCCCAUCGAGCCCAGCCCAUCCACCAAAAAACUCCCCGCGGCAACCACCAUAAUCCCGACGCCCACCUCCGUGGCGCCCUUCGACGCCGGCGACACCACCGAGCACGUCGCCAUCUGCCUAGCCAUCAAAGACCAAUACGCCGACCUGACCGAGUUCCUCACGCACCACUACCACCACCUCGGCAUCCGACGCUUCUACCUCAUGGACGACGGCUCUUCGCCCGUCCUCGCAACGCUCAACUACUCCUCCUUCCUCGACCCGAAAGCAAUCACGCACCGCUACUACCACCCCGCGCUGCAUGAGCGCUACCAGCAGCUCGCAUCAUACACCGACUGUCUCCGCCUGUUCGGGCAUAAGCACAAAUGGAUCGCCUUCAUCGACGCGGACGAGUUCCUGUACGUCAGCGGAAACGAAACGCUACUCGAUAUCCUCAAACCCUACGAUGAUGAUGACACCGUCGGCGCCUUCGGCGUAAACUGGCAAAUCCACACCAGCGGCGGUCUCCUCACCCGCCCCCCGAGCGCGCGCAAGGGAUUCACGCGCUGCAUCGAAGACCAGGACCCCAACCACCCCGCCAACGUCGGCACAGAGAACGAGCACAUCAAAGUCCUCGUCAAGGCGCCCCUCGCCAUCAGCCCCGACAGUCCGCAUAAAUUCAAGCUGAAACCGGGGGUGAGGACCGUGGGGGAGGAUGGCGAUACGGUUGAUCGGUUUGCGUGGCGGGUUCCGAUUACGAGAAACAGGGUGUCGUUGCACCAUUAUGCGACGAGGAGUAGGGAGGAGUAUGAGGCGAAGAUUAGUAGGGGGAAUGGGAUGGGGGAUCCGAAGGGGUGGGAUUGGUGGAAGCAUGUUGAGGCGAUUAGGACGGAUGAGUGUUUGGAGUUGGCGGUUUUGGAACCUUAGUUGGGGAGAGGAAGGGGGAGGGGGUUUGGUAUAGUGAGAGGAGGUAGAGGAGAGAGAGGGAGGGAGUUUGGUAUAGUAUAAUGAGAGGAGAGAGACCAGGUUUGGUGUGGAGUUUGGUGAGUAGGAGCAGUUGGAUGAUUUACGUGGAUCCACGCAUACGACUUGGUUAUAGAACGCUGUCUGUAAUGGAAACUUGGGUAGCAACAGCAACAGCAAAACAUGUACAAAUACGAAAACCACAUCAUAGAAGUAAUUAACAAGUAAUUUUUUUUUUUUCAA